GAGCGCAGUCUGCUGGAUACCAGAGAGAGGAGGAGGAGGAGGAGAGAGAGAGAGAGAAAGAGAGGGAGAGGAGGCUGUUUGAACCUCUGCGGUGCAGAGCUGGAAAAGCUGCUCCUCAGCGAAAAUCAGACGCCUUAUUUUUAUUCCUACUUAUUUUUCCUGGAGAAAAAAAAAAACGGACUUACAAGCAAGAAGUUGCAGCGAGGACUGGUGCCCGUGUCAGCGACCAGACGUGGGGUUUCUUUUUUUAUUACUAUUUAUUUGUAUUGUUUUUUUGUGACUUUUUGCUGAAGGGACUGAGCUGGUACUUUUGCGCUGAGACGCGCCGCUUCUCCGCCUCCUCCUGCCCGAGCAGAGAGCGUUGGCUCCAUGACGCAAACCGUUUACAGAGCGGCGUGAAACUUUUCCUCCGCUGCACUUUUCUCUGCCGCGCACGCACGCACGCACGCACGCACACGCACCAGUCACACGGUGUUUCAUGCUCCAGCAAGUCAGCGCGCAGCAGCAGCAGCGGUGGAGGAGCCAAAAGAACUAUUGCAUGAAACAAGAAAGGAGAGAAGAGACGCUGCUCAAUAAGUCCGCUUUUGCCACGCUCGCGAGCACCUUUGCGCAUCUGCAAAAGAGUCGCGACGCAAACAUGAGCGCGGAGAUGAGCAUGGGCCCGGAGCUGCCCAGCAGUCCUCUGGCUCUGGAAUACGUCAACGAUUUUGACCUGAUGAAGUUUGAUGUGAAGAAGGAAGGUCUGGCCGGGCUGGAGCGCGCCGGAGUGCGUCAGUGCAACCGGCUCCAACCCCAAGGCUCCGUGUCCUCCACUCCUAUCAGCACCCCGUGCAGCUCGGUGCCCUCCUCACCCAGCUUCAGCCCCACAGAGCAGAAGAACCACCUGGAGGAGCUGUACUGGAUGCCGAACGGCGGGUACCACCAGCAGAUAGACCCGCAGACGCUCAGCUUGACCCCGGAGGACGCGGUGGAGGCCCUGAUCGGUGCCACGGCUCAUCCUCCUCCGCCGCAUGUUCAGCAGCAGCUGCAGCAGCACCAGCAGCAGCAAGGCGCAUUCGAGGGCUACAGAGGUCCGCACCACCACCACAACCACCACAGCCAGCAGCACCACCACCACGCGUACGCCGGGGGCAUCCCGCACCACACUGACGACCUGCCGGGCCAAGCUGGCGCUCACAACCACCCGCAACACCACCACCACCACCACCACAGCCAGGACCCCGACAGCCCGGCACCGGUCUCCCCAGAGUCCCACCAGCCCCUUCACCACCACCGCCACCAUCACCACCACCACCACGCGCACGGCCACCUCAGCCAGUCGGCGGCGCACCACGGCUCCGGCGGCGGCGGCGGCGCGCUCAACGUGGAGGACCGCUUCUCCGACGAGCAGCUGGUGUCCAUGUCGGUGCGGGAGCUCAACAGACACCUGCGGGGCUUCACCAAGGACGAGGUGAUCCGCCUCAAGCAGAAGAGGAGGACCCUGAAGAACCGCGGCUACGCGCAGUCCUGCCGGUUCAAGCGCGUGCAGCAGAAGCACGUGCUGGAGAACGAGAAGACGCAGCUGAUGAACCAGGUGGAGCAGCUGAAGGCGGAGAUCAGCCGGCUGGCGAGGGAGAGGGACGCCUACAAACUCAAGUGCGAGAAACUGACGGGGUCAGGGGUCAACAACGGCUUCCGCGAGGCCGGUUCGACCAGCGACAACCCGUCAUCACCAGAGUUUUUCAUGUGAGUCUGUCAUCGCCUUUUCUUGUGAAACCCCUUCACGACAUCCACCCAAAAACAAUUAAAGACAAAAAAAAAAAAAAAAAAAAGACUUUUGGAAUGACUGAGAACAAACGAUAAUAAUCCACACCUCCCAUACUGUUUAUGAUUAUACUAAUAAAGUAACACUUAUAUUCAUAUUAGAAGAAUAAUCCAUCAAAUAGUACUCUGUAUGUAACCAUGUCUCUGCCAACUGCGAUACAAAGAGCAAAGUAGAAUUCGAGCAGCAUCUUUGUAGAUUAGUUGCUUGUAGUGAAGAGACUUUUUUUCCCCUCCUUCAACAAGAACCGGAUGAACUUUUAACCUUUUUUUUGAAAAUGCAGUUUUGAGAAUAAUCUGUAAAAUAGUGUGGGAUCGGCUGUAAUUUGGAAGAAACAAGUAGGCCUGCAGUCUCACACACAUGAGGGGUGAAAAAGGAUCCCCCCUCCCCAAAAUAAUAUUCAAGCCUCCGUUUUCUGCAAAAUUUAAAUUCUGUCUAACAAGUCAGGGGGAGGGGGUAUUUUUUUAAUGCAACAUCUCAUUGAUUUAUUGCCUGCUUGGUUAUAUUCAAAUAUAUAUUAAAACAAACCCACACACAUACACACAAAAAGGAAAAAAAAAAUCAGCAUUAAAUAUUAAUCCUGCAUGCUGGACAUGUAUGGUAAUAAUUUCUAUUUUGUACUUUCAUCUUCUCGUGUAUAUUAAGAGCAUGCUGUGGAUUUGCGCUUCUCCAUAGUGGGGGUUUUUUGGGGGGAUUUUGGUAAAGUAGAGAAAUGCAGCAGGACUGAAGGUGCAGAGUGAUGUGAUGUUUUUUUUUUUUUUGGAAAAGUGGAUUUUGGGGGUGGGGGGUGUCCUUUGGGCUUGUAAAUAUUAUGCAACUGCAAAACUGCACAAGAUUGAGGAGGCUGGUUUGAACUUCUUUUCUUUGUGUUGUGUUUAUUUUUUUUCUCUUUUUUUUUUAAAAGAAAGUUGAGAGAUGAGUGCAUUUUUAUUUCCUUUAGUUGCACUUGCAAACUUUGGGUGUCAAGUGCACUUUUGUUUUUAUAAUGAUUUCAAAGUUUUCAUUUUGAAUUUUGCACAAGCCUCCCUGCAGGAAGACAUGCUCUGAUUUCAGGUGUUAGACUUGAAUUCAGGUCAUUGCAUCAGGGUGGAUUGUUAUAAAAUUCACAAAGCAGGUGCUCUUUAUUAUUUUUAUUCAAUGUGGCUAUUGUGCAAAUAAUUAAUAAAAAAAGAGCACAUCAAAUCAAAUGAUCACAUCCACCUGUAGCACAUUAUUAUUUGUGAUUUAUAUUUUUAAACAUUUAAUUCAGAAAAAAAAUCAAAUGUUUUAAUAUUUAAGAAUACAAAUUUUAUUAACUGUGUUUUCCUAAUUUUUUUCUGCCGGUCAGUAAAAAAAAGGGGAUUCAGGUUGUUCAAAUUCUCAAAAUGAAAACAAUGCGUAUGUUAUCUUAUACUUUUUUGUCUGUUUUAUUAUUAUUUGUUGAUUCUGGUUCUGCUGGCCAGAUGCAUAGUUAAAAAGUUUUUAUUUUAAUGAUUUAAAUUAACAAACUGUCAGAUCAUAUCGAAUAAGCAUGGUGCUUGCAUUUGAGACUAUAUUGUUGAAACGUCAUGCAUUUAACAAUCUUUGGUUUGUUCCUGAUUCAACUGUGUUGAAAUCGAACUGAAACUGCAGCAGCGGGUUGUUGUCUUGUUUUCACCAUUUCCAUGUAUAACUUUGUGAUGAUGGGGAUCAAUUUUCAAUCCUGUUUAUAUAAAAGGUUGAACACUCAAAUUUGAACUGUUCCAUUCAGGCUGGUUUCUGUUUUGUCUUAUUUUUGGUUGUUUUUUGGAAGAAAUUGUUUCCUAUUUUGCUUAUUAAAGUCAUUGAAAUGGCACUGAU